CAAUCCUCUCCUUUUCCUUUUUUGAUUUAUUUUUUCUUUCUUUCUUUGCUUGCUUUCAGCCUCUUCUCCUUCUUCUUGCCUAUAUCUCUCUCCCUCAUUCUCUGUGCACAAAGAAAGAGAGAGUGUGAGAGAGAAACAAAACAAAAAUCAAAAACCAAGAAAAGAAAAGUAAGAAUGAGUUUUUCUUUUGUGUUUUCUUUUGUGUUUUCUUUUGUAUAAUGAGUUGUGGACCUAAUCCUCUUCUUCUCGGAAGAAGAUGGCAAUCCAGCAACAGCAGCAGCAGCAACAACAACAGCAACAUGAACAAAACUCUUCUUUCAUGCUACUAGACACUCUGUACUGUGAAGAAGAGAAAUGGGAAGAUGAAGAACAAGAACUACAAGAUGAAGUUUGUCAAAAUGAGAGCAGUAGUGUAAUGUGUGGUGAACACUACUGCCUCAAGAAUGGAACAACAAGAAAGGACCUUUCUGUUUUUGCACUAUCUAAUUUACUUGAACAAGAUUUGUUUUGGGAGGACGGAGAGCUACUCUCACUCUUUUCUAAAGAAGAAGAACAAAAAUCCCAAGUCUUUAAUGUCAAGAAUGUGGAAAAAGAUCCUUCUCUUUCUACUGCUCAUCAAGAAGCUGUUGAAUGGAUGUUUAAGGUUAAUGCUCAUUAUGGGUUUUCAGCUCUUACAGCAAUCUUGGCUGUUAACUAUUUUGACAGGUUUCUUUUUAGUUCCUAUUAUCAAAGAGACAAGCCAUGGAUGAUCCAACUAGUUGCUGUUACUUGUCUUUCUAUAGCUGCAAAAGUAGAAGAAACUCAAGUUCCUCUUCUUUUAGACCUACAAGUGGAGGAUACAAAGUAUGUUUUUGAAGCCAAAACCAUUCAAAGAAUGGAACUUUUGGUGCUGUCUGCACUUAAAUGGAAGAUGCAUCCAGUGACUCCACUUUCAUUUCUUGAUCAUAUCAUUAGAAGGCUUGGAUUAAAGAACCAUCUGCAUUGGGAGUUCUUGAGGAGAUGCGAACGUCUUCUACUCACUGUAGUCUCUGAUACAAGAUCCAUCAGUUAUCUACCUUCUGUGUUGGCCACUGCCACAAUGAUGUACGUUAUAGACCAAGUUGAACCCUUUAAUCCUGUUGACUAUCAAAACCAGCUUUUGGGUGUUCUCAAGUUAAGCAAGGAAAAGGUAAAUGAUUGUUAUGAACUCAUUCUUGAGCUAUCAAAGGGCAGAAGCAACGGCUGCUAUGGCUAUAACAAGUCUAAUAAGCGCAAGUUUGAGCCAAUGCCUAGUAGUCCAAGUGGUGUGAUUGAUGCUGUUUUUAGCUGUGACAGCUCAAACGAUUCUUGGGCUUUGGGUGGUUCUGCAGUUGUCUCUUCGUCACCAGAACCACUUUUUAAGAAGAGCAGAGCCCAAGACCAAUGGGUUUUCGUGGACAUUGUUGGCAACAGUCCUCGUUAAUCUCUCCCUCUUUCUCUCUCUUCUUCUCCUUCUUCUAGAGAAAACAAAAGGAAAAAAAAAGAAAGCGUCUUUAUUUACUAUGCUUCUUAAUUAUUAUGUUCUCUUUAAUUGAAUUGCCUUCCUUCAAUUCUCCACUAGUACAAGAUUUCCAACAUUGCCCACUUCUUAGAAUCCUGACAUUAAGAUGUGGGUGGCAAUGUGGCAUUCUUUUUAAAGAAGGAAGAAGUCUGAGAGAGUCAAAUCUCCCUCUUAUUUAUUAUUACGUCUUCUGGCACUGUUCCUUUUUUCUCUGUAUAAGUCUCUUUUAAGAGAGAAUACUUUUUAUAUUAUGAACAUAUAUUAUAAUUACAUAAAAAUAAAUUAAACCCAA